CGUGAUUGCGUGCACACGUAAAUAUACAUCCUGAAAAAAGCGUACCUGUCAAAACUGUCAUUCGUUAGAAUGAGCGAUGCUGAAGUGGAACGUUUCUUAUUCGAUCAGAAAUCCAAAUGCGAGCAGCUUCUAACGGAAGCAUACAUCAAAAAGGGCGAAGGUACGGAUAUUCAUCAAUGUCCACCGAUCUUUGACGGUCUACUCUGCUGGUCGGAAACCGAUGCACCAGAAACAGCGACUUUGCCCUGUCCACCUGCCUCGAUUAUGGGAUACACAGAUCUGAUAAGUGAGAAUCUGAGAGCAUUUGUGGUUGCCAGCAAGAUCUGUCUGCCGCGCAAUGAAUGGAGUUUAGACUCGGACGACGUCUUCUGGAGCAACUACGGUCUGUGUGUGUUGAAUACAACACGUCACAUGAUUAACAGUACUGAGAAUAACACGCGAUUGUACGAAAUACCGGAGAAUUGGACCCUGUUUAAAUGGUUGCCAAUUAUUAAAAUAGCAUCGCAAAUUGGAUGCGUUAUUUCGUUAAUUACUCUAAUUGUCGCUAUGGCAGUCUUUUCCUUGCUUAAGAAACUCAAGAAUCCCAGAAAUAAACUACACAUGCACCUAUUUGUAUCCUUUACGAUAAAAAUUUUUAUGACAUUUUUGAAGGAUUGGAUUUUUAUUGAUGAAUUUGGUAUAGCUUGGGACGUCAUCUUUAUCAACGGAUAUAGUGCUGUUAUCAACGAACGCAGUAUGUGGAUCUGUAAGGCUCUCACGAGUUUGUGGCAAUAUUUCAAUGUGACAAAUUACUCAUGGAUCUUGAUGGAGGGGUUGUAUCUAUAUAGACUAAUUUUCAAAACGCUAUACGUCGACCCGAGUAAAAUAACUCGGUAUAUCAUAUUAGGAUGGGGUCUUCCCAUCUUGGUAUUAGUGCUAAAGAUCAUAAUACAGACAACUAUUGAAAACACUUUCUGUUGGUCCACGAAUAACAGCCCUUUACUAUUCCUUAUCAUAAAUAUACCAAUCAUCAUAUCGAUUUUGUACAAUUUCCUGUUGUUCCUCACUAUCGUUCUGUUUGUAAAUCUGAAGACAUCAGCGUAUCUGCAUUGGAAAAAAAUGAAAUACAAAGCAUGGGCAAAAGCGACUAUGGUUCUGAUACUACUCUUUGGAACACACUAUAUUUUAUAUGUGGGAUUAUUUUUCUCUCAAGAUUACAGAGUCGAACUCGUCUGGUUCUUUUGCGAUCAGCUAUUUACGUCCUAUCAGGUAUUCAUCGCAAAUGCGAAAGAAUUUAUUUCUUGUUUUUUAAUUUGUACGGACACUCACACUAUUUACUUUCCUAGGGUGCUCUCGUGGUUUUACUGUAUUGUCUGCUAAACAGCGAAGUCAUAGAGGAAAUGCGACGAGCAUGAAGGACUCGACGAUCAAAGAAGAAGGUCGAUUUAUUGAAUGUAUUCGUACUUGGCCAUCGAGAAUUACCAAAAAGUUUGAAAGAUGCAAUCAACCGAAAACAGUAUCGAUCGGAAGAUGAUAAUACUGGUACUAUUUCGCAAUUACUGUCAUGAAGAAAAUGUCAACGAAAAAUGUUAAAGAUCAGCUAUCUCAAUGUUGAAUAAAAU